ACGUCAAGCCCAUAGACUGUUUAUAAAAAAGUUCAAGCCUCACAAUGGAGGUCCGGUAUCAUAAUUUACACGUUUUUAAUCACAAAAUGUAAUAUUUAAUUACUAUCGUGGAGUUAUCACGGUGGAUUUACUGUAGCCUAGGCUACGAGGUUCUUGGGAGAGAAAAAAACCCUCUGCACUUAACGGCUGGAUUGAAAACUUUCUCGAAAAGAUUGUCCUGAGCCCACCGUAGAUCGCCAGAAGAGUGAUGCAGACAGGCUGUACCCUUGGAUACUCAACAUGAGAAGACAGAACUGGACUCCUAACAAGGCAUCUCAAAUGUUCUGUAAACAUUUUGAGACUCACCACUUCAGCGCUGACCUCAGGGUCAAGCCCAGUUACAGUACACUGCGCAGGCGCAGCUUGUAGGCUGCCUGUCAGUGCCAUAGCAACCAGAGCAGACAUCAACCAUCAACAUGGCCAAAGCAACAACUGUGAAAGAAGCACUGGCCAAAUGGGAGGAGAAGUCAGGGGAGAAAGUGAGCGAGACUAAAGCCAUAAAACUGUAUGGUCAGGUUCCUCCCAUAGAGAAGAUGGAUGCCUCUCUCUCUACACUCACCAACUGCGAGAAGCUGUCUCUGUCCACAAACUGUAUUGAAAAAAUAACCAAUCUCAAUGGCCUGAAGAACUUGAGGAUCUUGUCAUUAGGGAGGAAUAAUAUAAAGGCCCUCAAUGGGCUGGAGGCAGUAGGGGACACAUUAGAAGAGUUGUGGAUCUCCUAUAACUUAAUAGAGAAACUGAAGGGAAUUCAGUCCAUGAAGAACCUGAGAGUCCUCUAUAUGUCCAACAACCUGGUCAAAGAAUGGGGAGAGUUUGUGAGGCUAGCUGAUCUGCCAUGCCUCGUAGACCUGGUGUUUGUUGGGAAUCCUCUGGAGGAGAAGCACUCAGCUGAGGGAACCUGGAUGGAUGAAGCCUGUAAAAGACUACCCAAUCUGAAGAAAUUAGAUGGGACCCCAGUCAUCAAACAGGAAGAGGAUGAAGGAGAUGGAGAGAGCUGAGAUGCGUAACUAUCUGCAAUACUACAAUCCCCUUCCAAGAGUCUUCCCUUUUUUAAGUUUUGUAUGGUUUGUCAUGGGGCUUUCUGUAUAUACAGUGAAUUUUACAACAGCAUGGACUUUGCUGUAGAUGGACAAGCACAUGAUACACAGACGUGUAUAUUUUAAAAUUAGAAAAGUCUGUUAAAUUGUCAACACUGGAGGCCUUGUGGGCUCGGGACCAGAGGAGGUUUUGAUGAGACUUCGUAAGUGGAAAUAGAUGAUAAACACAUUUCCUAAUGCUGCAGCAUGUUGAUUUUUUUACUGUCAAACUAUGAAAGAUAUUGAUACUAAUAUUAUUGUUCUUAUUAACUGAAUUGUAAAUGUGGGAACUGGUGGUACAGUACUAUUUGUGGGCCAAAAACACUUACAAAUUUACAAAGUGUUUUCUAAAUUUAUAUGCCUCUCUACGCUUCAAGAACUAAAGCACAGUGUUGCACACACACUAGUGAGCAGGGGCAUUUGUGUGGACCAGAUGUUGAUCAAAUGAUACAAUUACCUUCAUGCUGCUGGACCUUUUCUAACCUAUCAGGAGUCCGCUGUAAAUAACACUGUCCUCCCCCACUAUCCUCACCAUGGAGAGACGGCCAAGUAGAGCUAAAUAUUAGCCUGAUUAUGUUUCAUUUACAUUACAUUGUGAAACAAUUAAUGGUUAGAAAAUGUUACUUGGACUGAUACAUUUUAGAGUCAAUCACAAAUGAAAAAUCCAGCAAAUAGUUGCAUCCUGCCAUGGUACUUAGACAGCACACCGUCCUUCCUAGUUGUUAUCAACAUUUAGGAAUAUGUUGAAAUCAGGGUCUAUCACCAUACUCUGACUUCUCAGGUAGUAAGCAGUAGUAGCAUUAAAAAAAGGAGGAAGUUAGUAUUUCUUGUCCUUAAUAUGGAACAUGAAGGGACCAUCUCUAUCUCCAGCUACACCACAGCAGCCUUUGGGCAGGACUGAGGAGUUAACAGAGCUGAGAGUGAAAACUUACAUGACCAGAAUACAUCCACAGCUCGGUCUGACACUGUGUUUCAUGUCAUGUAAUAGAAUAUCUAAACUUUUUGAACUUUUUAAAAGGCACAAACUAAUCUAUUGUAUUUUAGGUUUUAGGUUCAUUUUGGAUCCAUAGAUUCCACAUUGUUCUUGUUCUUGAAGAUGUGAUGCCAAGGUUAAUGCAUGUACAGUAGUAUGUCCUCUUUGAUGACAUCACAUAUUUUCUGUGUAAAAGAUUUUGUGUUUUAAAUUAUUUUAGGCACGUUUGUACCUACAAUUGAGGUACUUGUGUUUUUUUUUUAAAUUAUUUUGAUAUUUUAAAUAAAUACUA